AUGGAGCAGAGGAAAUACUUCCGGUUCACCGAGGGAGCGGAGCGCCCGGAUCCCCCGGGCACUACAGACACAGUGAAGCAUCCUGACGGCGCCGAUGUUGUGGAUUUCCUGGACGCGGUGUUCGCUACUAAAAACCUCAGUGAUUCGAUUCUUCGGGGGCUGCGCCCGUCCACCCUCAAAGUUUAUGCGAACGAGAAGGCGGAGGUGCCUUUGCGCCGCAGCGACAAGCUGGCUGCUUCUGGAAAGAGCGAGGACGACCCGAUCAUUGUGCAACUUCCUCGGGUUUGGUACGAGUUGAGGGAUGCAGACGCUGGCGCUUCGUUUGCGAAUACCGUCGCCUCUUCGGUCCGUCUUACGGAGAACGACAGUGUUGAAACUCUGCUGAAGGCGGUCUACGGCGCGAAUGGAGGAACUCUCGCCCAUACUGCUCCAAAUCAGCUCGUGGCUUACGAGAGCCUAACAUGUUUCGCCAAGAAUCAACCUUUGGAUAUGGCAUCGGCGAUUGGCUCGUGUGGCAGGCUUGAGAACGCUCCUGUCGUCGUGAUAGUACCGAAGCGCGGAAAGCGGCAAUCCGAAGGUGGGAAUAUCGAAGAGGCCGCCAAGAGACAGAAAAUGGGUGUGAACAAGAAAAACCUGGCUUUCGUCAAACCUUACCAGUCAACUGCGGCUCGAUUGAAAGAUACUGACGAGGUGACUCAAGUGGUGGAAGCGGUUGCCACUGUUCAGCAAAGCCCUGAGGAGCAGAUCCCGUUUAUUGUUUUGGAAUCAUCGUCUGGAAUGGGUAAAACGCAAAUGGCGUUCAAUCUGAUGGCUCGUGAUGACAUCGACGUUUUUUAUAUCGUCUGUGAUGUUGUUGAUGUGAAUGUGCAGUAUGUGUACACUGCAUUUCGAACCCGAUCAAUCGUUUUCGGUCAAUGUGUGUCAAAGGACACGGAAGACAAAAAAAAGAUGAAGUCUGGAGACGUAUCCGAGAUCGAAGCGACAGGUGAGUUGCAGACGUACGCAUUGAUUUGCGCGUUACUUACUGGAUCGGAAACAAUGGCUGAGACGGCGACACGUGGGGAGGUGGAAGAGACGCUGAUUGCCUGGAAGAAGCGAGCGCCCGGUAAGCAGUGCGCGAUUUUCCUGGACGAGUUUCCUAGAGAAGAGCCGAGUCGAAUCAUCCAGUUUCGGUUUAUGCGGAAUGUCUUCCGCUCAUUUCGACUUCCAGUCAUUUUGAGCUCAACGAAUGGGACCGCACGAAACCUGAUCAACUAUGGACAGCAGUCGAGAGGUAGAGAUGACAAGACCUUGUGGUGUGUCGUGCUGACCAAGUUUCCACGGUUUCAAGAUCCGUUUCUUGAUCUACUGCGGCCUGAUUUGCGAUUGAUUAUCGAACACAGCCGACCUCUUUUUGCGAGAAAGGCAUGA